ACUACACUCUCCAUGUUAUCCCUUUCAUCCAUAUCCCCACUUGGUAAACUCCCACCUUGAAUAAUCUGCAGGGCCUACUAUCUACGAUGAUUCCAUUUUUUCCUCAUAUCUAUCCAAACAACAAGAAUAUCGACCUUCUUUACAAUCACUGGAAGAUACAGGGAAUGAACCAGGGAGUAGGACCUUUCUACUCAGUUAUAAGGCUUAGGGGGUUGAUGGAGAUACCUAAAGCUCAGAUUCUAGGACUAGCGGGGUCGAUGGAGACAGUUGGAGCUCAGAUUCUAGGACUUGCGGGGUAUAUGGAAACAGCUGGAGGUCAGAUGCCAAACAACAUAGCCUCCUCAUCCCAGGGAUCUUCUCCACAUACUGCGGAACCCUCUGGUUUGGCAUGAGUCCAAAGAGCAAAACAAGGCAGCAGACUAGAGCAAAGAAGGGCCAAUAGAAGGUUCUGGACCAGUAGUUAGAAGAAUGUAAAGUUCCUCAGGUGUUUGUACAUAGCAUAUUAAGAAUAGACAAGGAACUUCUUUUGUAAGACAAUAAAAGCCCACUCUUUUCUGAUUUGUAAUAAUAUUAUUAGGCCAAUACUCUCUCCUGCUAGCAUUUGUAUUGUUGCU